UGGGUUCUGAGCAAAAGUACCACUUGGCAGCUCAAAAAAGGGAAGGACGGCAGCGAAAGUUCUCCUAUACUUCACAUUGCCGGUCAGAAUAAUUGUCACUUCCCAGACCGCAUCGAAAGCAUGGCCAAGUCACCAUUUGACAUUCCGUUUGACGAACUUCCCAACCCCAGGCAGGUCUGGGUUGGAAGACCCGGCAGCUAUGAGGAGGGUUUAGGCAAACUAGCUAUUCUAACCCCCGAAGUUGUCGCUGCAGCAGCCGCUAGCGAGAUAAAAUGCGGCCGUUGUGUAACUAUGGGGUGGGAAUUGACAAAACUCGACUAUCCCAAUCUCAAUCGGCAGCCAUGUCAUCACAAAAUCGUGCCUCUUUCAGGAGGUGUUGCGUUUGAUGAUGUUUACACUAUGAACCCACAGCAAAGUAGCCAGUGGGAUGGCUUGCGUCAUUUCUCUCAAACGGUGCCUGGUCAGUCUAAGCGUGUGUUCUAUGGCGGGACAACCGUUGACGAGAUCAAUGAUCGCCAAAAUGAUCGAAUUGGUACCCAGCACUGGGCACGAGAGGGAAUAGCCGGUAAAUAUUCGACGUGGAGUCUUGAUCGACUACGCGACAUGGGCCGAGAAAAAGGGCAUCAAGUAUACCACAUUCUCCUCUCCACCCAUCAAGUACGCUUGACCGAUAUUCUCGAGGUUGCAAAGGAGAACAAGGUAACUUUUCAGAAAGGAGACAUUCUUUUUGUUCGGAUCGGAGUGACCAAGGAAUGGGACACAUACAUGACCGACGCCCAAAAACAGGCUUAUUCGGAUAAUUCUAGCCCAGAGCACGCUGGAGUCGAAGCGACCACGGAAGUCCUCCGCUGGCUGUGGGAUACUGGGUUUGCCGCCAUCGCCAGUGACGCGAUUAGUUGGGAGGUCUACCCACCUCAGUCUCCUGAUAUCUUCUUGCACGAGUAUGUGCUUGCUGGAUGGGGCAUGCCGAUUGGGGAACUUUUCGAUCUCGAGGCGUUACCACGGACCUGUCAGGAACUUCAGCGAUGGAGUUUCUUCGUAGCGUCUGUGCCACUAAACAUGCCUGGUGGAGUCUCUUCACCUCCGAACAUGAUGGGUAUCUUCUAG